AUGGCGAAGAACAAGUCUCCCGACGGGGAUGGGCUGCCGAAAGAACUGUUCGAAGCUCACUGGGACCUAUUGGGGGAGAGCUUCAUGGCCUUGGUGAGGAGUUUUGAUGCGUCUGCCACCCUGCCAUCAGCAACCAAGGAGGCGGUCACCAUCGUGUUGCAUAAGAAAGGGGAGAAAGAUGAGCUCAACAACUAUCGCCCGAUUACCUUGCUCAACUUCACUUACAAGGUUAUAGCGAGAGUGGUAUUGGACUGGAUGAAGUUGGUGCUUCAUCUAGUCAUAUCCCCGGAGCAGUAUGGGUUCAUCGCGGGGCGGCGUCUCUCGGAUGCGGUGGCUUUGGUGGCUGAUGUAAUCGACGCUGCAAAAAACGGUGCCGAGGAUUGGGGCCUUCACGAGAUCACAUCAACGAAACUGUUGGUUAAUGGCUGGCUGGGGAAAGGAGUGGAAGUGGUGUCAGGCGUGCGGCAAGGGUGUCCGUUGGCGCUGUACCUCUUUCUCUGCGCGGUGGAUCCAUUGGCGCGGGAAGUGGAGAGGCAGGAGCUCGGUCUAUCCAAGCAAAAUUUGCACUUCAAUUACCUCGGUUACGUUGAUGACACGACGUUGGCACUGCAAGGGGCAGAGCAAAUUGUUAAAGAGGAGGAGGUGCUGGACUGUUUUGAAAAAGGGUCCGGUCUGGCAACUAACAAAUCGAAGUCGGUGCUGUUACCUCUCGGUGCGAAUCUGGGAGCAAAGGGUGAUGGGACGAGCAGUUUCAAGUGGGCCAAAGCGGACGAAGCAGAGCGCCUGCUGGGAGUCUAG